AGCUCGUGGUCCCCACUUCUCGGGAUCAUUGCCUGGACAUCUAGGGGACAAGGACCUUCUGGAAAUGAUGCUCCUGGCCACACUGCACUGCAGGACCCUGCUCACCUUCCUGGUGGUCCUUGGAAUGCCAGCAAGAGCCCAGAAGGAGCUGAGCCACAGGCAGCUCCCAUCGGCCUUCCAAGAUGUGGAUGGAGGCAAGCUGAUGAGGCAGGAAACCAUGGGUGUUAAAAGGAUGAUGCUGGGUCUCCCUGAAAUGAGGAAGGGUGACCAUGGCUCUGGAGAAGGAUCUCAUCUGGACAAAGGCAGCCUGCAGCUGCUGGAGGGGUCAGCAAGAAAAGCGUUUCCCUGGCUGAUGAGCUCAGCCACCCAGAGACCUGCUCCUGGAAAAACGGUGAGAAAGGUGUCCCUGUCACUUGAUGUCCCCAUACACGUACUGAAAGUGCUCCUCGACCUGGCCAGAGAGAAGGAGCUGCAGGCCAAGGCAGCUGCCAACGCCGAGCUGAUGGCCCGCCUCGGGCGCAGGAGAUAA